GAAACCAAAUGGCCACAAGCGUAAUUCCACUAAAACUCGACCCCAUUAUACCAACAAAUAUCUAGUUCAAACAUUAAAAAAAUAGCAGCAGGUAGCAGCGGAAGAUCUGCGCAAGCGAAAGACAGUGACUCCAAGUCUCCAACGCCAAGAACAGGAAUAUUACAUAGUCAACCAAAAGCUGUGGUCUCUCAGUAUAAAAUUGCCACUUUGCAACAUCAAUCUCUCCUCACUACUGCCCUCCCUUUUCACUGUAGCUCUCUUUCAUUCCCUUGGUCUCUGAGUCUCCUUUUUGAAGCUAUGGCGGAUCUGAAAUCAACAUUCUUGGAGGUCUAUUCUGUUCUCAAGAAGGAGCUACUUCAAGACCCGGCUUUCGAAUGGACACCAGAUUCUCGUGAAUGGGUCGAAAGGAUGCUGGACUACAAUGUGCCUGGAGGGAAGCUGAAUAGGGGGCUCUCUGUGAUUGACAGCUACAAAUUGUUGAAAGAUGGACAGGAAUUAACAGAAGAAGAAAUCUUUCUCGCAAGCGCUCUUGGUUGGUGUAUUGAAUGGCUCCAAGCCUAUUUCCUUGUCCUUGAUGAUAUUAUGGAUAGCUCUCAUACACGACGUGGUCAACCAUGUUGGUUUAUGGUGCCCAAGGUUGGUCUUAUUGCAGCAAAUGAUGGGAUUUUGCUUCGAAAUCACAUUCCCAGGAUUCUUAAAAAGCACUUCCGAGGGAAAGCAUACUAUGUAGAUCUUCUAGAUUUAUUUAAUGAGGUGGAGUUUCAAACAGCCUCAGGACAGAUGAUAGAUCUGAUUACAACACUUGAAGGAGAAAAGGAUUUAUCGAAGUACAAUUUAUCGCUUCACCGGCGAAUUGUUCAGUACAAAACUGCCUACUACUCAUUUUACCUUCCUGUUGCUUGUGCAUUGCUCAUGGCUGGUGAGAAUCUGGACAGCCAUAUUGAUGUACAGAAUAUUCUUGUCCAGAUGGGAAUCUACUUCCAAGUACAGGAUGAUUAUUUGGAUUGCUUUGGUGAUCCCAAGACAAUUGGCAAGAUAGGGACAGAUAUUGAAGAUUUUAAGUGCUCUUGGUUGGUCGUGAAGGCUUUGGAGCGAUGCAAUGAAGAACAAAAGAAAGUUCUACAUGAGCAUUAUGGGAAACCUGACCCAGCCAGUGUGUCAAAGGUGAAAGUCCUCUAUGAUGAGCUGGACCUUCAGGGGGUAUUUAUGGAGUAUGAGAACCAAAGCUAUGAUAAACUAGUAACCUCCAUUGAGGCUCACCCUAGCAAGGCAGUGCAAGCAGUGUUGAAGUCUUUCCUUGCCAAAAUUUACAAGAGACAGAAAUAAAAGAAAAGAAAAUAAGAAUAUGCAGAAGCACAGUCAAUGAUUGGAUGAUGCCGAAUAAUGCGAUUUUAUUUGGGAAUUGUAUCAUUAAUUUCCUAAUUAAGGAUGAUUGCAACUCUUUGUUGAACAUUUUGAUAUUGGUAGUCUUUGCUUAUUUGAAAUUUGAUUGAAUGAUUCUCAUCUUUAAUAAGAUUUUAAUCCAUUUGAUA